AUGUUCCGAAUGCCUUCUAUGCGACUGAGCGCAAGGUCAAUACAGAUCACUGGAGCCAUCGCCGCCAUCUGGCUCUUCGCCAUCGUUCUCUAUUGCUAUCGCGAUGUUUCUUUUUCAACCCCGACGCUAAACACAACUCACGGCAGCACUCGCCCGAACAACCAGGCAUUGGAAUCCAUAGAGCUGGGCGCACGAUAUCUCGCCGAUUAUCCGCUGAAAGACGAACCAAAGGAGAUAUUUGGAGAGCUGGGACAGAGGACUCAAUUGCUGCGAUCGUGGAUUGAUGAGUUGGAAGUAUACACGAAGGCUCCUACAGAUGGAAGCCGUAGGGCAACAAAGCUUGUUACGAACACUAUCGAGUCCUUGUACCCUUACUUGAAAUCGGACGGACGUCUUGCGCCACCUCUUGCCGACAUCUACGAACGACUUGGGCUUCCGUACAAACCCACAAGCAUCUCGCAAAACAAAAAGGCUCCAGCUGGAAUUGUUAUCCCGACGGGCGACAAAACGCUUCGGUUCGCAUGCCAUCUCAUCGCAUCCCUCACUCGCGUCCACAAAACCACUCUUCCAAUCCAGGUUGUGUACGCUGGAGACGAUGAUCUCUCCGCUGAUGGACAAAAAAAGAUUCAAGAGGCGGCCAACGGAGUCAAGAUUGAAAUGCUCGACGUCCUCACAGUUUUUGAUGAUAGCACAUUGAAACUUGCAAGUGGCGGCUGGGCGAUAAAACCGUUCGCUGCAUUGGCGAGUCGCUACCAACAGGCCAUUGUUCUCGAUGCCGAUGCUGUGUUUUUCCAAGCUCCGGAGAAGUUGCUCCAACAAGAACGCUUCCAAGAAACUGGAGUGUUGCUCUUUCACGACCGGCUUCUGUGGAAGAAUGCCUUCGCUGAUCGUCAGGACUGGUGGCAUGACCAGAUCAAGCACCCCAGUCCCGAGACGGACAAGUCGCUUGUGUGGACAGAGCGAUAUGCAGAAGAGGGAGACUCAGGUAUAGUUGUAGUUGACAAGUCACGACUUGAUGUGCUGCUUGGACUUCUUCACAUUGGAUGGCAGAACUCGGAUAGGGUGCGAAACGAGGUGACAUAUAAGCUCACAUAUGGUGACAAGGAAAGUUGGUGGAUUGGGUUCGAGGCUACAGGAUCUAAAUACUCCUUCUCGCCGCAUUACGGUGGUAUUGUGGGAUGGCUUGGUCCGACAAAGGCAGAGACGGAAGCAGCCAAGAAAGAAGAGGAAGAGAAGAAGAAAAAGGAGCAAGAUGCAGAAGAAAAGAAGGACAAACGUGGCGACAAGAGAGAAAAUGAAGAGGUUCGCGUUUGCAGCUUCGUCAUCGCCCAUGUCGACCAAGACGAUAAACUGCUCUGGUACAACGGCGGUUUACUUAAGAACAAGGCAGUCAACCAGACAGAAUUUGAGGUUCCGACACAUUGGAUGAUUGACCAGAAAUGGCACAAGGGGAGAAGCAAGAAGGACAUGAGUUGCAUGGCCGGGACGCAAGCGAACGAGCUGGAGAGUGCCGAGAAGGACAUUUUGGCAAAGUCGAUUGAGGUUGCGAAGGAUAUGGAUGCGAAAUUAGGAUUGAUACCAUCUGCAUAG